AGUCAUUGCCGUGUCUCGUAAAAUACGAUUCUCUGCCUGAGAGCUGGGAGCCGAGCAGGAGCAGCAGGUUUCCUAGUACUUAAAACUUGGCCGGAAUCCCAUUUCUCCGACACAAAAGUAACCGGAGAGUUGCAAACCUUCCCUCGAAAGUUGAAAGCAACACGUAAGAAGUGCCUGAGCCGGAAAAGAAAAAAAAAGAAAAAGGGUGAUGUCGGUGGAAGCUGAGGUUGAGACAGCGGCGGAGUUGGCCCUUGCCGAUACUAAUGUCAACUGGGACAGGUGGUGGUUGAUGUGGUUUAGAACUGAUUCUGUUUUCACCUUAACAUAGGUUGGACAAGACGAGGUUCCAUAUAAUUGGGGCUAUUCUCUUCACCGUGCAAUCAGCCUUACUACACCCAACAUCAGUUGUGAAAACCAGAAUGCAAGUAGACUCUGGACUCUCUCACAUGAGUGGAACAUCAGUAUUUAAACAGAUAUUAAAGACAGAUGGAAUCCCUGGAGUCUUCAGGGGUUUUGGCACUUCUGCAAUUGGAUCAUUGCCUGGUAGGGUCUUGGCUUUGACAUCGCUUGAAGUAUCAAAGGAUAUGAUGUUCAAGUACACUGAAGGACUAAAGAUGCCUGAAGCUACACGUAUUGGUAUUGCAAAUGGAGUGGCGGGCAUGUUCUCAAAUUUCAUUUCUUGUGCAUACUAUGUACCCUUGGAUGUGACUUGCCAGAGACUAAUGGUUCAAGGACUUUCUGGGACUACAUCCUGCAACCGACCAUUUGAAAUCAUAAGUAAAGUUAUAGAGGCUGAAGGUUUUCGUGGUCUGUACAGAGGCUUUUGGUUGACAGCUCUGAGCCAGUCGCCGGCAUCUGCGCUUUGGUGGGGAGCCUAUGGUUCUGCCCAACACAUGAUCUGGAGGAGUUUGGGCUAUAGUGAUAAAGACCAACAAAAGCCAUCUCAUAUGGAGAUGGUGACAGUUCAGGCUGCAGCUGGUAUGAUGGCUGGUGCUUUGUCCUCUGUCAUCACUACUCCUAUUGACACAAUCAAGACACGACUUCAGGUCAUGGAUAACUAUGGUGCUGGAAGACCAACAGUAUUGAAGACGGCAAAGACACUCCUUGAAGAAGAUGGAUGGUGGGGCUUUUACAGAGGAUUUGGUCCGCGGUUCUUAAAUAUGUCACUCUAUGGAACUACAAUGAUAGUCACUUAUGAACUGAUCAAAAGAUUAUCUAUAAGACAAGAAUGACUUCUCGAGCUGGAAGAGGUUCAAGUUUGCUGUACUGCCUGUUGCUUCUUGGACCGGGAGGAAGGUGAUUCCGAGUGGUAUUCCAACUUUUUUAGGAGCAGACACUAGUCAGUCAGCGACUCAAACAUUGACCUUUUGACAUUAGGAGCCUUUAUUUAACGGUUUCUUUUUCAGUCUGUUCCUUCUCUGAUAGGCUUGGUUUUGUUGUUCACUAUAGUUUUGUAAUUGUGUGCGUCCAUUGAAUUGUUAGGAGUAUCAAGUUCUAACGUGUCAGGGAAGUUGAUAGGGUUCUUUAGUGUCAGGGAAUGAAUAGAAACCUCGUCCCAAGCCAUAUAUUCGACUUUUCAUCAAAUGCAGCUCUUGAGCUUUCACAGAAUUAUACUUCCAUGGCAGUCAGCUUUCAAAGAACUGUAAUAUACAUCUAUGAGAUGGAGUAUGAAAUUGUACAUCCAUGAGUCAGUUAAAUUGUGAUAAAAAAUCAUCAAUCAACGAAU